UGUGCGCGCAGGCGCACUGCCUUCCCGACACGAGGCGGUGAGGUGUUCGCAGGUUCCCAGUACUCUUGCCGAAGGACUCUUGUCCUUCCCUACCAGAGCAGCAUAGGAGGGAAUGGCUGCUGUGUCCCCACCUACCAGAUGUCAGGCAUUGGUGACAUUUGAAGAUGUGGCGGUGACUUUCACAGAUGACGAGUGGAAGCGUCUGGUACCCGUGCAGAGGGCGCUCUACAAGGCCGUGAUGCUAGAGAACUAUGAGAGCAUCAUCUCACUGGGUCUUCCUGUUCCUCAGCCUGAUGUGAUUCUUCAGUUCAGGAGAAGGGGCGAGCCCUGGACGCGGGGUUUUCAUGGAUCUGAGGAGAAAGCAUGGCCAGAGAGUGUCUCUCUAGACUUGGGAACUACGCCAGGGACCCUAGACGCUUCAGAAGGCACACUGAGAGAAAUCCAUAGAAAGCAAAGUUCUCUAUGCCCUAAACAGGAAACCCAAACACUAACAGGUGGGUCGGAACCAGAGAAGGAAAGUCCCAAAGCAAGGACUUGCAAAAAGCCCCUUUCCUUGGAUAAAGGCUUGCAUCAAAUGUCAGCUCCAUCCAAGAAAACCCUUUCUAAACACCAAGACCAGGAAUGUAGUGAGUGUGGGAAGACCUUCUUUGACCAUUCGUCUCUCAUCCGACACCAGAGGACUCACACUGGAGAGAAGCCAUAUAACUGUCCCGAGUGUGGGAAGGCCUUCAGCCACAGAAGCAGUCUCAGUAGACACCUGAUGUUCCACACCGGAGAGAGCCCGUACGAGUGUGAUGCAUGUGGCAAGGCCUUCUUUGAUCGUUCAUCCCUAACUGUGCAUCAGCGGAUUCACACAGGAGAGAAGCCAUUUAAAUGCAAUGACUGUGGCAAAGCCUUCUUCGACCGCUCAUCCCUCACUCGCCACCAGAGAAUCCAUACCGGAGAGAGUCCCUACGAAUGCCAGCAGUGUGGGAAAGCCUUCAGCCAGAAAAGCAUUCUCACCCGGCACCUGCUGAUCCACACUGGCAGGAAGCCUUACAAAUGCAGGGACUGUGGGAAAGCGUUCUAUGGCGUCACCUCCCUAAACAGACACCAAAAAGUGCACACCGGGGAGCCCCGCUACCAGUGCAGCGAGUGUGGCAAAGCUUUCUUUGACCGCUCUUCUCUUACGCAGCACCAGAAGAUACACACUGGAGACAAGCCAUAUGAGUGCAACGAGUGUGGAAAGGCCUUCAGCCAGAGGUGCCGGCUCACGAGACAUCAGAGAGUCCAUACAGGGGAGAAACCCUUUGAGUGCAGUGUGUGUGGCAAAGAGUUCAGCUCCAAGUCCUCAAUUAUCCAACAUCAGAGACGUUACGCCAAACAAGGGAUAGACAGAGGGGGAAGCAUGAGCUAGAUAGCGGGCCUUCCUACAAGCUUGGAAGGUUUCCCUGUCGUCUACAAAGCCAGCAUUUGUUUGUUCUGCCAACUCUGGCCGCUGUCUUCUGCCCAACCUCUGCUCCAGGGUCCAAGUAAAUGGUGCACCUCCUGUGCUACAGAACUAACACGGAGUGCAGAAACUAAACAAUGAAUCUCCACAUUCGAAAUUCUGCACAGAGGCUGCACAUAGCUCAGUGAUAGACUCCCGCCUAGCAUGCAUGAGGAGCUGCAGUUUGAUCCCAAGCACUGCAAAAGAAAGCUGGAGAGAUCAAAGGCUAGAUGUUAGGAGAGAAAUCUGCAGACACAGUGAGAAUAGGCCUGUUAUCACUGCACUUUAAAUAGCUGCAGGCUAUUACAGUUGGAGAAUGUCAUAGUUAUGAGAGAGUUCCAUUUUCUCUAGAAGUUUCUAUAGCUCUUCUGGAGCUUUUUGGCACCCAGACCUUAUUCUCUUGUGCCCCAGUAUUUAGCUCUCCUAGACUAAUAGUAGUGGUAGCACUUACUAAGCACUGAUCUUAGGGUAAAGUCUCAGCAGUGAAUUGUAAAAGGGCUAGGUUGAUUGAUCCUCUCACUAAAUCUGUGAAAUGGAUCCUUUUGCUGUCUGAAUUUCAUAGAGAAGCACACUGAAGUUUAGAGAGAUUAAGUACUAUAGUCUAGGAGACACAAGGUAAAGCUAGGUGUCUUAGUUAUUUCUCUAUUGCUGUGCAGAGACAUGAUGGCCAAGGCAACUUAAAAAGCAUUUGCAGGCCUUACAGUUCCAGGGGGUGAGUCUGUGACCAUCAUCUUGGGAGCAUGAUGACAGGCAGACCCAAUGCUGGAGCAGAACUUAAAUCUGAUCCAUAGUCAGUAGGCCAAGAGAUAGGGAGAGACAGACAGACUGGUCUUGGCACAUUGGUCUUGGCAGGGGCUUUUGAAACUUCAAAGCCCACCCCCAGUGACACACCUCUUCCAACAAAGCCACACCUCCUGGUCCUUUCUAAACACUCCAUCAACCAGGAACCAAACAUUCAAAUAAGUAUAUGAGCCUAUGGGGGCAAUUCUCAUUCAAACCACCGCAUUUCACUCAAGGACAUGGUCAACAACCAGUCCUCACAAUGAAAUAGGCCUUGUUGAAUUUCACAGAUCAGCUUACUGAAGUUUAGAGGGAUUAAGUAAAAUACCCUACAUGACACAAGGACAAACUAGGUCUUCAGUAUGAAUCUGCCUUCAGUAUUUCUACUAUAGAUUAGGCUCUAAAAUUUUGUCUUAUAAUUGACAUACCUGAACUAUCUUCUUAGCUAGAUUGCAAACAUUUGGAGGUGUGAUUUAAUAGGUCUCUGUGUCUUACAGAGUGCCUUGCAAAUAUUAGGUGAUCAAUAAAUGCUUAUCUAAAUGAAUACCAAAGUGUCUCUAUUCAAAACCUGCUUCGGUCCACCUCCUUUCUCUCAGAAUUUUCACAGUCCUGCCUCUUAAUAUACUAGUCAUCUGUCCCAAGUUCUAUUUCUUCCUUCUUCAUUGCUCAUGGUACAGUAACAAGCCUCCUAAAUAAACAAAAACCUGUCACUCUCAUCUGGUGUGUAUGAGUGUCCAUUCAAUCUGUACUGUUGGAGCCCAGCACAUCACCAUGAAUAAGGAAGGGAACGUUAAAGAUAAUUUUAUCGCCUAGGUGCCAUUCUGAUCACUUCUACUUGAGCCAGUAUCCACACCUGAAGGCUACGGAUACAGGCACCUUGA